GCUUCUCUAGCCGCUGGAGGACUCACUUCGGCGCCUCCUCUCGUAGCUUCCGGCCGGUCGGAAUUCCGCUUCCUGUCUGACUUUGGCGUCUUUGCGAAGGGUCACAUUGAACUACUGCUGCUCCAGGGCAGUCUUUAGGAGUCGGCACCAUGGCUGAAGACAUCAAGACCAAAAUCAAGAACUACAAAACUGCCCCCUUUGACAGCCGCUUCCCAAACCAGAACCAGACCAAGAACUGCUGGCAGAACUAUCUGGACUUCCACCGCUGCGAGAAGGCAAUGACCGCCAAGGGGGGUGAUGUCUCCGUGUGUGAGUGGUACCGGCGUGUGUACAAGUCCCUCUGCCCCGUAUCAUGGGUCUCAGCCUGGGAUGACCGCAGAGCAGAAGGCACAUUUCCUGGGAAGAUCUGACCUGGCUCCACCCACCUCUCCUCUGUUCGCUCUCCUCUCCCCAUGCAGUAAAGGGGGACCUGGGUAUAUGAUGGUCCCUACUCUGGGACCCUGAAUCAUGAUGCAACACCUAAUAAAAUUUCACUGAAAAGUU